AUGUCGAAUAUUACAACCUUCAAUGAUAUAAAGAGAAAUGAAAGUCCAAAGCCUAUGUACUCUGGAGCAGGAAGAAAGAUCGGUGAUUCUUCAAAUAACAACAAAAAAAACAAUCAAAAUUUAUUUCAAGGACGCGCCCACCGUCUUGAUGGUACAGUAGUUGAACCUCCUAAAGAAGAGAAAAAGAAACCAAUGCCAAAUACAGAACCAUUACCACCAAUGGAUGGAUAUGAAUAUCGUCAAGAAAAAGUUGUUGUAAAUGCUUUAGCUAACAUCCCUAGAGAACUUGAUGUCAAUUUCUGGACAUGGAAUUUGGAGAAUAUGGAAGAUAUUCAAUGUAAAGACAUGUGCCUCUUAAAUUACUGCCCUUGCUGUGUUGGUCCAUGCUGCUCACCAGUAAGAAAAGCUGAUUGGUGUGGAAUUCUUAAAAGAUUUACAUUCUGGCUUUUACUUUUCCAACUUGCUUACUAUAUCAUGACUCUUUGCUAUUCAACUGAUAUUGGAUGGAUGCUAGAACCAAGUACAAGCAUAGUCAUUAAAUACGGUGCCAUGAGUACUCAAAAAAUCAGAUAUGAUUAUCAAUUCUGGAGAUUAUUUACUUAUAUGUUCUUACACGGUUCAUGGAUUCACAUAUUAUUUAACUCUUUAGGUCAAUUCAUGUUUUGCCUUGGCUGUGAAAAAUCUUGGGGAUAUGUCAGAUAUAUUGCUAUUUAUUUCCUCUCAGGAAUCCUCGGUGGCCUUGUUUCUGCCAUGAAAAGUGCUAAUCAGAUCUCUGUUGGUGCUUCUGCUGGUAUUUUUGGUAUAAUGGGAGCUUAUGCUGCAUUAAUUCUUCUUCUCUGGUCGCAAUUACAAGGAAUGGCCAAAAUACAGCUUACCACAUUCCUCAUUAUGCUUCCAAUCAUGUUUAUUUGCGUUUCUUUCCUUCCUCACGUUGAUUGGGCUGGUCACCUUGGUGGUGUCCUCGGAGGAAUCGGUUUAACAUUCUUAAUAUUCUGCGAUAAAGCGGAGGAGAAGAACAGAAAGUGGUUUAUUCUCGCUGGCGUGAUUAUUAUUAUAAUUUGUCUCGCUGUUCCUCUUCCAAUUAUCUUUACAAGGAAAUAA